AGAGAGAGAAAGAUAGAUUGAGAGAGACAGAGAGGUAGAGAGAGAGAAAGAUAGAGAGAGGGAGGUAGAGAGAGAGAGAGAGAGAGACAGAGCUGAGGUGUGUAUCGAUUUUCCUUCUGUGUUCAGAUUAACUUCCAUAAUGAAGCCGGCAGGCCGAGCCGGGCGUUUAGAAAAGCUGCAUGUUCUAUUAUUCCCCUCUGAAGAAAGAGAUUGUUUUAAAGGGAAAAAAUCAAUUACUCCCUCUGUUUCUCCACCUUCAACACCCCCCCAUCUCUCUCUCUCUCUCUCUCUCUCUAUCACACGCUCAGUUCCCCGUGUGUAAUGGCGCCAUCAUGUGGUCGCUCCCGUCCUUAUCUCCACUCGCAGGUUUGAAGCGAGCGCCUCUCUGCUUGCUCCUCAGGUCUCUUCAUAUCUUUAUGAAUUAUGGAUUAGAUGUUAAAGCAACAAGCAGCCUGUACAGCGUCUGUCAGCCGUCCGGUCGUUACGCUGUGAUGUAAUUUCUCUGGCGUAAAUAUGAAAGUGAUAUGACAGAAGACUGAAUACAGAUGGAACCUGACUGUCUGUUAGAAAAGCUCCGCAAGCCCAGAUUCAGUCUGACUCCAGGAAACAGCCUGACCUGCUCUGAGUGUUUUAGAAUAGCAGAUUAAUAUAAAUAUGACCUGACCACACCUUUGAGUUAUCCCAAGGGGCAAUAGGGGAUGGGCAGGUGUUGGGGUACUGGGGUAUUUGAACAAUGGAUUAAUGGUUACUAUACUAUGAGGUGUUACUAUAACAGGAAAAUGGAGUAAUGGGAUUUUGUGGUACGACUGUAAUGAUGGUGUUGAGAUUCUGGGGUAAUGAUGGUGUUGGAAUACUGGGGUGUUUGGUUGUUGGUGCAUUAAUGUACUAGAGUGACAAUGAAGUAAUGGUGUGUUGGUACUGGGCUAAUGAAGUAAUGGUGUGUUGGUACUGGGCUAAUGAAGUAAUGGUGUAUUGGUACUGGGCAAAUGAAGUAAUGGUGUGUUGGUACUGGGCUAAUGAAGUAAUGGUGUGUUGGUACUGGGCUAAUGAAGUAAUGGUGUGUUGGUACUGGGCAAAUGAAGUAAUGGUGUGUUGGUACUGGGCUAAUGAGGUAAUGGUGUGUUGGUACUGGGCAAAUGAGGUAAUGGUGUGUUGGUACUGGGCUAAUGAAGUAAUGGUGUAUUGGUACUGGGCUAAUGAAGUAAUGGUGUAUUGGUACUGGGCUAAUGAAGUAAUGGUGUGUUGGUACUGGGCAAAUGAGGUAAUGGUGUGUUGGUACUGGGCAAAUGAAGUAAUGGUGUGUUGGUACUGGGCUAAUGAGGUAAUGGUGUGUUGGUACUGGGCAAAUGAGGUAAUGGUGUGUUGGUACUGGGCUAAUGAAGUAAUGGUGUGUUGGUACUGGGCAAAUGAGGUAAUGGUGUGUUGGUACUGGGCUAAUGAAGUAAUGGUGUGUUGGUACUGGGCUAAUGAAGUAAUAGUGUGUUGGUACUGGGCUAAUGAAGUAAUGGUGUGUUGGUACUGGGCUAAUGAAGUAAUGGUGUGUUGGUACUGGGCUAAUGAAGUAAUGGUGUGUUGGUACUGGGCUAAUGAAGUAAUGGUGUGUUGGUACUGGGCUAAUGAAGUAAUGGUGUGUUGGUACUGGGCUAAUGAAGUAAUGGUGUGUUGGUACUGGGCUAAUGAAGUAAUGGUGUGUUGGUACUGGGCAAAUGAGGUAAUGGUGUGUUGGUACUGGGCUAAUGAAGUAAUGGUGUAUUGGUACUGGGCUAAUGAAGUAAUGGUGUGUUGGUACUGGGCUAAUGAAGUAAUGGUGUAUUGGUACUGGGCUAAUGAAGUAAUGGUGUGUUGGUACUGGGCUAAUGAAGUAAUGGUGUAUUGGUACUGGGCUAAUGAAGUAAUGGUGUGUUGGUACUGGGCAAAUGAAGUAAUGGUGUGUUGGUACUGGGCUAAUGAAGUAAUGGUGUAUUGGUACUGGGCUAAUGAAGUAAUGGUGUGUUGGUACUGGGCUAAUGAAGUAAUGGUGUGUUGGGGUUAUAGGGUAAUGAAGUGAUUGUGUGGGGGUUCUAGCGUAAUGGAGUAAUGGUGUGUUGGGGUUAUAGGGUAAUGGAGUAAUGGUGUGUUGGGGUUCUAGCGUAAUGGAGUAAUGGUGUGUUGGGGUUAUAGAGUAAUGAAGUGAUUGUGUGGGGGUUCUAGCGUAAUGGAGUAAUGGUGUGUUGGGGUUAUAGGGUAAUGAAGUAAUUGUGUUGGGGUUCUAGUGUAAUGGAGUAAUGGUGUGUUGGGGUUAUAGGGUAAUGAAGUGAUUGUGUGGGGGUUCUAGCGUAAUGGAGUAAUGGUGUGUUGGGGUUAUAGGGUAAUGGAGUAAUGGUGUGUUGGGGUUCUAGCGUAAUGGAGUAAUGGUGUGUUGGGGUUAUAGGGUAAUGGAGUAAUGGUGUGUUGGGGUUCUAGCGUAAUGGAGUAAUGGUGUGUUGGGGUUAUAGGGUAAUGAAGUAAUUGUGUUGGGGUUCUAGUGUAAUGGAGUAAUGGUGUGUUGGGGUUAUAGGGUAAUGAAGUGAUUGUGUGGGGGUUCUAGCGUAAUGGAGUAAUGGUGUGUUGGGGUUAUAGGGUAAUGAAGUGAUUGUGUGGGGGUUCUAGCGUAAUGGAGUAAUGGUGUGUUGGGGUUAUAGGGUAAUGGAGUAAUGGUGUGUUGGGGUUCUAGCGUAAUGGAGUAAUGGUGUGUUGGGGUUAUAGAGUAAUGAAGUGAUUGUGUGGGGGUUCUAGCGUAAUGGAGUAAUGGUGUGUUGGGGUUAUAGGGUAAUGAAGUAAUUGUGUUGGGGUUCUAGUGUAAUGGAGUAAUGGUGUUGGGGUUAUAGGGUAAUGAAGUAAUUGUGUGGGGGUUCUAGCGUAAUGGAGUAAUGGUGUUGGGGUUAUAGGGUAAUGGAGUAAUGCUGUUGGGGUUAUAGGGUAAUGGAGUAAUGGCGUGUUGGGGUGACCUGCAGCUGCAUUAGGAAAGCUUGUACUCUCUGCUUCUCUCUGUUUCUCUUUUCAGUUGAGUCUAAUGCUGGUUGUUGGCUUGCCUGCUUUACCUGCAAUCCUGCCAAAGCAAUUACAUGCAGAUGUAACAGUAACAUCAACAACAAUUAAACACGAAGCCAAAUCUUUACAUAACAACAAUCAUCAGUGCAUAUAUACACAACAACAACAACAACAACAACAAAUAUGCAAACAGAAGGGAAUAUACUGUAUUUUUUCCUCUCAUUUUUUAUUUCUUUGGUCUGUGUCUCUGUGAUUGUUUUCUCUUCUCUGUCUUUCUUUAUCUCUUCUCCCCAUUGAACUGCUGUGUGUUGUGAGUUUGUGUUGGUAUUACUGGCCAUUUUGCACCACAGAGAAGCAUCCAGUAUCUUUAAGACUUCAUUCUACAUCUCACUGUUCUUCAUCAUCGUCCAGAGGAUGUGCGUCACAUCGAAGAUGAAGUUAGACAAAGUUAACUUUUUCUAAAAAAGAUUGAGAAAGUUUCAUUCUCUCUCACACCCCCACACUCUCGUGCACUGGCCGGCUCUCGUGGUAAAGUUCACUUGCUGACCCUGCUGUAGAAGAGAUGGUUAUUUGUUGAGAUGCGGGAGUGUGGAAGCAUCUCCAAAGUUCAGUAUCCAUCACCCCAGGGUCUUGGCUAUCUGUGGCCAAAUCAUUAGCAGCGAUAUCUCAGCCCGAGCCGUUGUAUCCAGUGUUAGUUUUAAACAAAAUGAACAUUCGGAACAUUACAUGAAAGGACAUUAUAUCAUAGUGAUUUUUUCCCCCUAAGCGCGCUUUGAUGAGUGUGUUUGGCCGGUGUUGUAGUGUGAAUUGGCCUGCGUUGCCGUGUUUAGUGUUGGCAGAAAGCCUGCAGUGGAAUAUACGGCUAGCUCCGCGUCCUGGGUCAUUUGGCUCUAAUGAGGCUGAAUUCUCUUAUCCUUGCUCAACUGGAUUUAUGCUGGAAAUAAUUUAUACUCGCUUAUUGAAUUUCCAAAAAUAUGACUCAGAAAUGAGAAAGGAAAACAAAAAAAGGAAAAAGAUAAUAUCCUGAACUGAGUUCUUUUGACUGGGACUGUGGGUUAUUAAUAUCCUCAUUUACUGCUUUACGUUGUUCAGAGAGAUGCUAGUGCAGUGUGUGGAGUGUAAAUAAGCUGAUGUGGUCCUAAAAGAAUUGAACAUUAUUGGAUAUUUCAAUAUUCUUAAUACUCACAUGUUGCAAAGGUUAAAUAUGUUAUCUUUUAAUUUGCUAGAACAGACAGAAAAACUGUUUUUCUUCAGACCAUCUUUUUUUUAAAUGCCUGUUCGUAUUAUGGUUUCACUGGGUAGCCUGUUAUUGUUUUUGUCACAACGCAGUCAGGCUAAAAGCAGUCAGCAGAACAUGUUAAUGCUGCGUACAGAUUCAGGACCGAGAUAACAGCAUUUAUUCAAGAUCAGCUAAGGGAGAACAACACUGUUCCGGGAUCAGCUCAAAGAGAAUAGCUCGGAUUCACAAUCAUCUCACUAAUUCAGGAUCAGCUAAAAAAGAACAGCACUGUUUAAGGUCAGGUCAUAGAGAACAUCAGUGAUUCACAGUAGACUCAGAGAGAACAGCACUGAAUGAUGAUCAGCUCAAAGAGAAGCAGCACUAUUUUAGGAUCAGCUCAGAGAGAACAGCACAGAGUCAACACUGAUUUAAGAUCAGCUCAGAGAAUACUAGCCUUAGUGCGGAUCAGUUCAGAGAGAACAGCAAAGAUUUAGGAUCACCGCAAAGAGAACAGCAAAGAUUCAGGAUCAGCACAAAGAGAACAGCAAAGAUUAAGGAUCAGCACAAAGAGAACAUCAAAGAUUCGGGAUUAUCUGAACCUGAAAGAGAGCAGGGAAGAGAAACAGCACUGAUCUAGGCUCAGCUCAGACAGGACUAGACUGAGUGAGGAUCAACCCAAAGAGAACAGCAAAGAUUCAGGAUCAGCCCAAAGAGAACAGUAAAGAUUCAGGAUCAGCCCAAAGAGAACAGUAAAGAUUCAGAAUCAGUGCAAGGGGGAACAGUAACGAUUCAGGAUCAGCCUAAAGAGAACAGCAAAGAUUCAGGAUCAGCCCAAAGAGAACAGUAAGAACAGUAAAAAUUUAGGAUCAGUUUGAAGAGAAUAACAAAGACUUAGGAUCAACCCAAAGAGAAAAGCAAAGAUUCAGAAUCAGUGCAAAGAACACAGUAAAGAUUCAGGAUCAGCUCAAAGAGAACAGCGCUGAUUCAGGAUCAGCUCAGAGAAGUGGAGAAACAGAUCAUACUCUGUGUACCUGGACCGUCCCCAUUAAUUACCGAAACAAAGUAAGGGAAGGUUUAAUAUUUCCGAAAUUGAAUCGGACAGUAGCGAGAGGGGCUUUAUGGGCACAUUUCCUGACCAUCCACCAUCCUCCUCCCAUAAAACACGGCUGCCAUUCUUCGUGCAACUUUGAAACACAUUCAUGACUUUUUCUAGCCGUAUUUUUAAACCAUUAUUUUCCAGAUUUUGGGAACGUUCUAUUUUUUUUUUAAGCCACAUUAAUUACCAUUUGUGUGUGAGAGAUUUAUAAUGUUUUUUUUAUUAUUAUUUUUAUCUAAUGUUCAAUGUUAUCUUCAUUUCUAUUUAAUAUGCAUAAGCUCCUUAGUUACUGCUGCUCCAUCCUCAUAGAAUAAAUGAGCGCAGACUUUGGUUAUUUGUUCAUGCACAAGUGCAAACCUUGUUUCCGAUGUGAAGUCGGGGCUCAGUGCUCUCCGCGAGGCUCUGGGAGAUACUGCAUCUUUAAAAUGGUGGUCGACGAUGAUGUUUGUUCUUGCAGGAUUUCCGCUGCUUACUGGUUUUAAUUUGCAGCAUUUGAUUGAUUUAUUUUUGUUCUGAAUUGUUUCACUUUCAGGCAAAAAAGAACAUGUUUCUAGUUGCUAGUGCUUUUAAUUGCUUAUUGCUAGUGCUUUGAAUGAGUCUACAGCCAGAUGCACUCAGAUAUCAGUAGUGUCCAGCUUUGCAUGCUACGAUUUCUUUGUUUUUUUUAUUUUUUCUUUAUUUUUCAGGUGCUUAGAUUGCAUGUAAAUCGUCACACGUAUGUGUUUUUGGAACAAUAGCGCAAAUAAACAGAAACGCUGAUAAAUAAAUAAGUAAAUAAAGCAUAAGAUGUGUUGUCUGGCACAGCUCUGCUACUCCUGUUGGAUCCCGAUUCUGCAUUGACCACUAUUUCUUCAUUCUGUUUGUGCUGUUUCUCGUUUGCUUGCCAGGAGGACCUACUAUUCUUACUCAUAUUACCUGUAAGUAAAAAAUACAGAGUGGAUAAAGACAAGCAAAACCAGCAGACGGGUUGUUGGUCUUUGUCUCUGGCUAGUCCUGUUAGUGUUUUAAAGAUGCAGUAUCCUUUUUUCAAGUGAAAACACGAACCGCUUAGGCCAAACUCUCACUCUGCCAUUCUGCCAGCUCCAACAUGCUCCGUGCUCUCAGCCAUGAUCCAAGCGCUGUGUUAUUUGAAAAAAGAAUGCU